AUGCAUGUCUCAAACAACUCCUCCAUCGGUGCAUAUGCGAACAUAUCGGACCUCCGUAUGACAGUCUCCUGUCCACCGGAGACGUUCGAGGAUACUGUACCGGUGAAACAAAUCAAAAAGGAGAUUUCAUUUCGGAUAGAGAGGCCUGAGAGGCCUGGUGAGACCUCUUCCCACCACGGCUCAAAACGAAGUUCCGUCUCCUACUCCGGUGAUGAAGAGUACGAUGACUUUCCGGAAGACGACAUUGCCACCAGAAACCAACGGAUAUCUGAAAAUUUGGAAAGAUUCGAGCAACGACCCGCCUCCACGUCGAAAUCUCAGAAUACUGUACAAUUCUCGUUUGACAAUUUGGAGAAGAAGAAGCCGAAAGUGGUGGAACAACACCCGCAUCCGGAGACUGAUCGAUUCGGAUUUUUUGUUGUGGAAAGAGGAAGCGCCACGCCGCCCCUAGAUCCGAAGGUUCUCCGACGCCGUGAGAAGAAAUGGAUACAAAUGUUGGAUAAUUGGAGAUAUUUCAUGGACGAGAAGUUCGAGUUGGUCAAGACACGGUGUCGAAAGGGAAUCCCGCCGAGUCUACGCGGCAGAGCGUGGAAGUACUUGAGUGGAGCCACGUAUCAAAUGGAGGUCUCCUCGAAUCGUUUUGUGUUUGAUUACUGCGUGAAACAAGCUGGCGAUCCGAAAUGGAAUGAGGACAUUCAAAAAGAUCUGAGUCGACAAUUUCCGGAACACGAGAUGUUUGCGAGAGUGGGAAAGUAUGGGAAUAAUGGCAAAAACGACCUAUUCGACCUUCUGAAAGCGUGGACCGUCCUACACCCAGAGGAGGGUUACUGUCAGGGACAGGCGCCCAUUGCGGCGGUUCUACUGAUGCAUAUGCCGGUCCGAGAUGCAUUUUAUUGUUUCGUCCAGAUCUGUCAUAAAUAUCUGCCCGGUUACUACAGUAGUGGACUGGAAGCCGUGCAAGUGGACGGCGAUAUUUUGCAAAAGUUGUUGAGGGAUAAGUCCAAGUUGACGUAUCGACAUUUUAAAAUGAACGGUGUCGACCCGGCGCUCUACAUGAUCGAAUGGUUCAUGUGUGUCUUCUGUCGAACUCUACCCUGGCCUACCGUACUCCGUGUCUGGGACAUGUUCCUCUGUGAGGGUGUCAAAAUUCUGUUCAAAGUGGCGUUGGUCCUACUGAAAUACGGCCUGGGAUCACCGUCACAACUCAAACAAUUUCCUGAUAUGCCGGCGAUUGUGACGAGGCUAAAGAAUCUGCCAGCAGAAAUCACAGAGGAGGAGUUUAUAGUGCAGAAGAUCGCCGAAUUCAACCUAAACGACGCUGACAUGGAGAAACUUCAUUUCGGAGCGAUGAAGACUCGACAAAUGCGUUUUGACUGA